UGCGGUUGUGUGCCGUCUGGUAUAUUUACAUCAUCAGCUCAGCAUGUUCUCGGAAACAUUAUUCUUUCCAAAGACAACAUAACUAUUCUUCGUUGAAGAACAUUCAAUCAUUCUUCACACUAAAUUUAUUAAAACAAAAAACACGUUUUGUUUUUGAAAAAUAAAUAAAGACUAGACCAUGAAAGUUAUUGGGAUAAAGAAAUCUCGUGUGAUUAAAAUAUGCUGUGGUGUUGCUUUUCUAAUAUUAAUGAUAACUCUCCUUCUGCACAAGCCUAAAGACAAAGAUUUUUUCUCAAAAAAUAAAAGAAGCAUGCCAAAACGAGAAGGAGCCAUAUUUAAAGAAGGAGUCAUUGGGAAUUUUGAACCUCCAGUGAGUGAAACAGUAAGAGAAGGCCCUGGUGAAGGUGGGAAACCUCAUUAUGCUCGUCCUGAAGAUCAGAAUGAAGUUUCCCAAUCUGUGAUGGAGUAUGGAAUCAACAUGGUUGCUAGUGAUCAAAUAGCAUUGGAUAGAGAUAUUCCUGAUAAAAGGCUCUCUGAGUGUAAAUAUUGGCAAUAUCCAAAAGAUCUGCCAACUACAAGCGUUGUUAUUGUGUUUCAUAAUGAAGGAUGGUCCACACUUUUGAGAACUGUGCAUAGUGUCUUAAAUAGAUCACCACCAGAAUUCUUGAAAGAAAUUGUUUUAGUUGAUGAUUUUAGCGACAAAGAAAACUUGAAAGGAAAGUUGGAAGACUAUCUUCGGCAGUUCGGGCAGAAGGUGCGUUUAAUCAGGAAUAAGCAACGUGAAGGCCUGAUUCGAUCACGGACAUAUGGUGCUCAAUAUUCAAAAGGAGAAGUUGUUCUGUUUUUAGAUGCUCAUUGUGAAGUUAAUAUCAACUGGUUACCUCCUCUUCUUACUCCCAUUUACCAAAAUCGGACAGUUAUGACAGUUCCAGUAAUUGAUGGAAUUGAUAAAGAUAACUUUGAAUAUAGACCGGUGUAUCAUGGAGAUGUACAUUUUCGUGGCAUAUUUGAAUGGGGAAUGUUAUACAAGGAAACGGAAUUGCCGGAGCAGGAAGCAAAGAGAAGAAAACAUCACAGUGAACCCUACAAAUCUCCUACUCAUGCUGGAGGCUUAUUUGCCAUUAAUCGGGAGUAUUUCUUAGAAUUAGGUGCAUAUGAUCCUGGCCUACUUAUCUGGGGAGGAGAAAAUUUUGAAUUGUCAUUCAAAAUUUGGCAAUGUGGAGGUAGCAUAGAAUGGGUUCCUUGCUCUCGCGUAGGGCAUAUUUAUCGUGGAUUUAUGCCAUAUUCCUUUGGUAAAUUAGCUGAACAACGCAAAGGGCCUAUUGUUACCCUUAAUUACAAACGAGUCAUUGAAGUUUGGAUGGAUGAAUACAAGGAAUAUUUUUACACUCGGGAACCAAUGGCCAGGCAAUAUGACCAUGGUGAUAUCUCUGGACAACUUGCAAUAAAGAAACGACUUCAGUGUAAACCAUUUAAAUGGUAUAUGGAAAAUGUUGCAUAUGAUGUUCUCCAAAAAUAUCCUAUUUUGCCAAAAAAUCUAUUCUGGGGAGAAAUUCGCAGUAUGUUAACUAGCCAGUGUCUUGAUACUAUGAGUUCUCAUCCUCCAUCAAUUGUUGGAAUGAGUCACUGCCAUGGUUCUGGAGGAAAUCAGGUUUUCCGUUUAAAUGCUGAGGGGCAACUUGGUGUUGGGGAGAGAUGUGUUAAUGCUGAUACAAAUCAUAUGAAACUUGUUUUUUGUCCUUUGGGCUCUGUAAAUGGUCCGUGGGAAUAUAAUCCGAAUUCAAAAAUGCUGCAACAUAAACGGCAUCGUAAAUGUUUAGAACUUAGUCACCACAAGGGAAAAUUGAAUUUGCAACCUUGUAAUAAUGCAUCAAAUGGUCAAAAAUGGAUCUUUAAAGAACUGAUUGUAAAGUAAUACUUAUUGUACUUAUUUUACUCUUACAUUUUAUGCUUUAAAACGUAAUGGUUGUACAUUCUCGGUUGAAGCAAGGUAUAAAAGCUCAAAUGUUUUGUAAAUAUUCAAGCGGUGAUAGUAAUUACUUCCUAAACUACUACUUGUAGAAUUGUUGUUGUUAUUAAGCUUUGCUUUUAUUAUUAUUUAUUUUUAUGUUAAAUUUAUUGCAUUUUUUGUUGUUUAGGGUUAUCUCUUCUUAAAACAUUUCCAAUUUUGAUUCAACAAGUGAAAAUCAAAAAUAAUUUGUACUUAUUGUUAUUUAAUGUUUAAUGCUUUUUUUUUUUAAAUGUAAAUGUUGGUUGGACCAAAAUGCUUAACAUCAUUGUAGAGAUUUAAGAAUUCUUUCAUAUUCUAAAAUGUCAUUUAGAAGUUCCUAUUUUCAUAUUUAUAUGGAGUUUGUAUUUGUAAAAUAAAAGUAAAAUAAAUAUAAUAAUUUGUAUAAUAAUUAGAUAAAACUAAUCACUGAUUUUUAUGGAAAAUAUUGUGGGGUUACAAAUGAAAAAUAAAAUAAUUUUCAGACUUUUAUCCUUUUUUGGCCUCAAAACUGAGUUGUACUUGGGCACUUCCGCGGGUAAUUGAGUGACAUUUUCAAAGCAAAACAGUAAGCAUGUUGUUACAUUCAACCCAAAAUAUACAUUUUACAAACACAAUUCUCUCACUGAACGACAUUUUUAAAGCAAAACAGUAAGCAUUUUGUCACAUUCAACCCAAAAUAUGCAUUAUAUGUACAGACAAACAUUUCUCCUGUGUUAUUAUAUUUUUAAAGCUGAAUUUAAUAGUAUAAUUGAAUUCCCAAAAUAUAUUUUGGAUGAUCUUUAAAAUAUAAUUAAAAGCAUGACAACCAACUGACAUGCUACUUUCAUUAUUGGCAGUCAGGAAUUAUGUUUUCAAUAUUUUUUAUAAAUUAUCCAAAAUAUAUUUUGUGAAUUCUGUUGUAAACAUUAUAUUCAGCUUUAAAAAAUGUAAUAAUUCAAGGCAAAAAAACUGCAAUGUAAAUUAUUUGUUGAAUGUCACAAAAUACUUUUUGCUUUUAAAAUGUCAUUAAUGCACAUAGAAUGUAUUAAAAUGCACUAAGGUCAUAGCUUAAUUUAUUUUCUUCCCCCCCCCUCCCCCCCCCCCCCCCGAGAUUGGGUAGUCAGGUUAAGCAGUUUUGUUGUCGUAAAAGUAGCAGAACUAGUAUACUAGGUGUGCUGUACUUAAAUUUAAAAAUAAAAGGGUAUAUGUUGAAAAUUUAAAGGAAAGAAGAUGAUGGUUAAUUAAAUUUAAAUGUAGAAAAUAGGUGCUAAGAACUUUGAUUUUACUGAAAAUACAUCCCAUAUAGCAUUGUGCAAACUUGUCUUGCUCUUACCUAUUUUUGGUUUUACAUCAGUAGUUGAACUGUGAUUUGUUAACCAUGAUUUUAUGAGGUUUUUUUGGUUGACAUUGAUCAUCUGGUAGUCCAUCAGCAAUAAUUAAUUAUUUGUGUGAUUUCACAAAUUUGUAAGUUCAGUCUUCCCGAUUGUUGUUUCAGUACCUUAGAGGCUGAGGCGCAGCUUGCUGAAUUAUAGUUAGUCAAACACUGAUAACCAACUAGCUAAGACCAGUGAGCAUGAUGAAAAUUUCUACCAUUAAAUGUUUUCUGCCACUGAUAUUGUUUUGUAAUGUCUAUUUUUUUUUUCUUUAUUGUUUUUUUUUUGUUAAUAUUUUUUUAAUUAAAUGAUAUAAACAUCAAAUUGAUUUAAAAUCAGAGAGAUUCGCUUUUUUUUUUUUUUUUUUUUUUUUGGAACAAACUAGAAGGCAUUUGCUGUUUUAUGCCCCAUACCUUCCAAUACAACACAGACAUUAAGUAUUCUGUUCCAGUAGUUUUUACAGGUUGAAACAGAAAUGUGAAAAUGUUUUUGACUAAGUGGGUUUCACUUCUACCCCCACAUAAUAUAUCAAUUGAACUUUUUUUUUUAACUGAUAGACUUACUAUUUUGUUUUACAAAAUACAGCAGAGUACCCACUCUUUGGUCACAAAAAUCUUCGGGGUUAUUAAAAAGUUUUAAACAUUUGCAUUUUCUCCACUAUACAAUUACUCAUUUCAUUCAUUACAUUACAUUUAAUAAACUCAGAUAAGAACUGUGUUAAUUCUAUGUAUCAAAAUGAUUUCCAUUGUAUGAAAUGUGUCUAUGAGUGCUUUUAAUUCAGAGCAAUGUCAUUUUUACUUAAAGAUUUUGUGAUCCAUUUGUGUGUAUUUAUAACUAUUUUUUUAAUAGUUUAUUUAAAGAUUGUAAUUGUUUUCUUUUCCCUAAAUAUACUUCAUUAUUUGAGUAACCAAUUAUAAUGUAAUGGAAUGAAUAAGGAAUUGCAUUCAGUAUUAUGAAGACUGUAAGAAAUUUAGCAGUUCAGUCUUUAAUAUUUGCUAAGGUGACAUUUAUAUUUUUUGUGACCUUUAAAAUGAAAAACAACUUUUUGAUUCAAUAAUAAUCAAAAUUUUUAUUGAAAUUGAGGGUACAGUCGACCUGCACCAUAAUGACCAGAUCUGGACUUUCCUAUUCUGGUCAAAUGCUCAAAUUUUUUGAUUCAGAACAUGAUUUAGGUUGGUAUCUUAAAUGCUGUGAAACAAAACAAUUGUAAUAUUUAAAUAAUUCCUUUUCCUUUUAAUUUUGUUCAAACAUUACUUUCAAAUUACACAAUACUUUUGUCAUGUUGACAGUGAGGGAAGUGAAUAUUCUAUUUCAAAAAGAGACUUUUUCUUUUUUAAAAUGAGGGUGAUGCAGUGUUACAGCGCAUCUGCAUCUUAAAUCUUUGGGUGUAGGUUCAAAUCCGCCUCUGGUCGGUGUAUUUUGAAGGUGCAGAAAAUCUUCAGAAUUCAUGCUAUGCAACUAUGAGUCAUGUUAAAGAUCAUUUGAAUAUCUAUUUGUCUUAGAUACUCUAAAUGAAAUUACUAGUGCAGUUGCAUAUCAUGAGCACUAGAAAUACCCCUAUCUGAGAGAGUGUCAAAACUCUUAAAGGCUAUUGUCAUUCCACCCAAUAUUGGUGCCAAAUGAAAGAAUGUACGACAAUCCUGGGAAAUGCAAUAGAUCAGCAAAUGGCUAAUGACAAUUUCGCUCGUUUAGUUCAGAAUCAUUAUACAGGUCUUAACAUUAAGAAUUUCAUUUCAUGCUUUUGAAGUAACAUUAACUUAAACCUGAAGCCAAUAAAUUGGUUCAUUUUCAAAAUUCAUUAUAAUGUAAUGGUGUUUUUCAAUGUAAGUUGUUUACUACAUUAUGGAUAAGAAUUUACAUAUAUUACAGAAAAACUAAGAAGUAAUAAUAAACCAAACCCAGUGGCACGACAGCUCAUGGGAGCCAAGGUCUACUGUGCCCAUCUCAGUCUUUCUGACCAUAGGCUCUGGGGUGCUAGGCAGAUGUUCGGGUUAUUUGGUCAGCCGAACAUGGAAACCCCAGGGUUUAGUUCCCAAGCACACUUGGUACUCAUUUUAUCCACCCGCUGAAGGGAUGAAUGGCUGAGUAGAAGUAAGAAUAAGUUGAUAAAAAGAGUGCAGCAAACUCGGAGGGAAAAAAAAGUAAAAAAAAAUCAGCCAAAUUUGAACAACUAGAAUAAAAUUUACAGCGUUCUAAUUUUUAAUUUGCACUUUAAAAAAAUGAGAACUAAUUAAAUUUGAUGCUCACUGUGUAGGAUGAUUGUUUAAUAUUGUUUUACACUUGAUUUACAUUAUCAGAUAGAAAAAUAUAACUUUAAAACCAUAAGGAGUUAUAAUUAAUUAUAAAUAGAUACAAAUUUAAACCAUCUAAUUCUUCUCUUAUGCUCAGCCUUUCUUUUGCUACAUAUAGAAAGGACUUAGAAUCUUCUGGGUUAUUAGAUUUAAAGAUAAAUUUUUAAAAUCAGUUUUAGUUAUGCAGUCAUUAUUAGUUAAGCAUUUAAAUUCUACUAAUCAUAUCAAAAUAUAAAUUUCUUUCCAGUUCUUUUUAAUAUAAAAUGUUAUGAAGACUUUCUCGAUGUUUCCCACCAAUAUUUUUCCAUAGCACAGUAUUAUAACAUAGCAAAAGUUUCCUUUUUUUUUUUUUGCAUAGGUUAUAUCAAUGAACAUUUUUCCCUUGGUAAAAUAGUUAUAGUUAUUCCAGUGAUAUAAAUUUCAUUUUAUGGGUGAAUAUGAAAAAAUUAUAAACUGAUAUAUAGCUAAAAUAUAUGCUACCUGAGAGUCAAAUGCCUUGAAUGCAAAUUGCAAGCAAAUAAUAUUCUACAAACAUUCCAUAUAAGUCAUUCAAUGAGCCAGUUUACGUUGACCAAAAAGCUAUUGCAGAUAUUAACAAACUACAAUGAGGAAUAUCCUAUGCUGGGAAAAGAAGCAGAUCAUUGGGAUAGUUCAGAGGUGGUAUUGUUCAACUCGAGGUUGCAAUGUAAUUAGGUGAUAUCAAAAAUCCUUACUCCCGGUUUUAAGCCAGUUCAUUGCAUUUUCUUUGUAAAUAUGUUAAAAAAACAUAAUCAGGGUAAGAAAUAAAUAAAUCCCUUUGUGCGGAGAAGUAAAUGGUAAUCAACAAGGUUUUGGCACACAAAACUAGCAGAUUACUCAGUAAACUAGCAAAUAGUACUAUUUGAAUUGAAAAAUAGGUUUCCUGAAAUCUCAAAACAUGUGUAUGCAGUAAUCUGCUUUCUGCACCAAAACAUUGUUGAUCACCAUUUAUUAUGAUCAGGGUAGUAUUUCUCAAUCAUAAUUUAAAAAAUGAAAAUAUUUAUAGUAAUCAAAAGAGCAAAUGGCUUUUAAAAAAAUGAAAUCAUUCAGAGAAAUUCUUUUAGCUCCCUCAUCUCCUAUUAAAAUCUUCACCAUGGCUCUGAACAUGAUUGCAGUAACAUUAUGUAUCACAUCUUUGAUAGAUCUUUGUAGAUCUUUGAUAUCUACUUAUGUAAAAGUGCCUUUUAUCAUCAAAUAAAUGUAAAUUUUAAAUGCAAAAUUGAUUCACACUUGUACAUGUUUUAUUAAUAAAAAUAUUUUUAUAUGCAUUAUGAAUAAUUGGUUUAUAAAUGACUCAAUGUUUUUGUAUAUUUCUAAUAAAAUAUUUAGAAGGAAAAAACCCUACUAUUUUUUUUAUAUUGUGAACGGU